AUGGCGGAAACUUCUUACUUUCAACAUUUCCCGACUACCGAUUACUCACCAGAAUCAUCCUACUCAUGGGACGAGCUCCUCUUCCACCACAAUUCACUCCCCUUCAAUCUCAACGACACCGAAGACAUGCUUCUUUUUGAUAUGCUGGCGGCCAACGGCGGCGCAUCUAUUGCUGAUCAAUCGUCGGAAUCCAAUUCCUCCAGCGCCGGCGUUGUCAAAGAAGAAGAAGUAACAUCGGAGUCCAAACCAGAUAAACCCCAGAAAGAAAAGUCAUACAGAGGCGUGAGACGACGGCCAUGGGGGAAGUUUGCGGCGGAGAUAAGGGACUCCACUAGGCACGGUGUGCGGGUUUGGCUAGGAACGUUUGAUAGCGCGGAGGCCGCCGCCAUGGCGUAUGAUCAAGCCGCAUUUUCCAUGAGAGGGACGGCGGCGAUUUUGAAUUUUCCGGUGGACAGAGUGAAGGAAUCAUUACAAGAAAUGAAAUAUGGGUUUGAAGAAGGGUGUUCGCCGGUAAUGGCCCUCAAGAAACGUCACUCCCUGCGAAAAAAACCGGUGAGUAGAAAAAUCAAACAAGUCGUUGAACAAAACACGGUGGUUUUUGAGGAUUUGGGGGCAGAUUAUCUUGAACAACUAUUAACUUCGUCGGAAAAUAGCACGACGAUUUCUUGGUAA